AUGAAGCGCGUUUUUACUUCCUUGACCCGGCGUGCCAGUUCCGCCUCGAGAAGCUCCUCCUCCGCGACGACGUAUUCUGAUGAUUCGCCCGAAGCUGUCAUCCUCCGGGAAGUGGCCGCAUUCUGCGAAUCGGGGAAUACCAGCUCUCAAGGUACAGACUAUGUCCAUCUCCCCGCCAUUGUCGAAAGCGCCGAAUCAAGUCCCAAUGCCGCCAAAGAGGCCGCCCAUCGCAUUCGCAAGAUUCUCUCCGACCCCGUCAAGACCCCCGGACACAUGCAAUACAACGCCAUCAUGUUGAUUCGCAUUCUCAUCGAUAACCCGGGCCACACCUUUGCGCGCAAUUUGGAUGCCAAGUUUACGUCGACGGUAAAGGAUCUCCUGCGGCAGGGGAGGGACAUGAACGUGCAGCAGUUUUUGCGCGAGACGCUGGAAUUCAUGGACACGCAGCGGUCGUGGGAUGAGGAUUUGGCAGCGCUCGUGGCUAUGUGGAAGAAGGAGAAGGAGCGGUAUAACAAGGCGCGGACUUUCUUGGGUGCCGGGCCUACGUCAAGAGGACAGCAGUCGCAGUCGCAGCAGCGGGGCCAGAAUUAUUUUGGCGCACAUCGUCCCACUCAUGGAACGGUUCUACCUCCACCUGAUGAGCUGGCUGCGCGUGUUGAAGAAGCCAGGAACUCGUCCAAACUGCUCCUCCAGUUCGUCCAGUCGACACCGCCAGCGGAGAUUCUCGAGAGUGAGAUUAUCGCGGAAUUCUCUCAUCGAUGCCAAUCCGCAUCCCGUGCCAUCCAGGCAUACAUCAAUUCGACUAACCCAGCGCCGGAUGAGGACACGCUGUUAACGUUGAUUGAGACGAAUGAUGAGAUUUCGGUGGCCUUGUCCAAGCACCAACGUGCGGUUCUCAACGCCCGCAAGGUCUUGGGUAGUGCGAAUAACCAGUCGCCUGCUGAAUCUGGCGAUAUUACGGCGUCGAGUGCCAACACGCGACCAGUCCCAGCUCCUCCUCUUCCGCAAAGAAAUGUGCCCAUCGCUGCGGAGUCAUCUUCACCUGCGCCUGUUCCUACCCCUGUUCCUACAACUGCGCCCGCGCCAGCCCCUACGGCAAACCCGAGUGCUGGUGCCGGCCGGUAUGAAUAUCGAUCGGAGGACUUUCAGGUUCAGAACCCAUUCGCAGACAACAAUGGAAUUUAUGGCGCACCCUCUCACUAUGACGGAAAUCAGCAGACCAAUUCGUACGGGGCAAACGGACCAAAUGGACAGUGA